AUGACAGAUGUCUCCACUGUCCCACCAUUUGUAGUUUUUCAAAAGCCUCUCUUUCAAUUUAACACUUGCAAUACUAAUAAUAAUACUACUACUACUAAUAAUAAUAAUAAUAGUAAUAAUAAUACUGAUAAUAACAACAACUAUAGCUGUAAUACUGAUGGGAGUAAAUCCCCAGUAAAAGUAUCCCGCGUCUACUUUGAUGAGGUCGCAAACGAUGUUGUGAUCUUUAGUAAUACCUCACGGGAGGUGUGUUUUUACCACGUGCAGCUCUCCAGCGAAUCUCGAGAACUUCACACCACAACACCCAUCACAUUGCCUGCACACAAGAAAGUAAACAGACAGACUAGUAGUAGUAGUACUACUAAUAAUAAUACUACUAAUACUAAUACUUCUUCAUUAGACGAUGAAUGCCAUCCACAAACAGAAGAAGAAAAAGAAGAAAAAGAAAAAGAAUGGCUUCGGAAUCAUGCGGAGUUAUCAGGUGAUGCCAUUGCCUUAACAGUGAGGGGCGGACAAAGUGAAAGGGAAACUUCAACAAUUCGCCACGCCAAACGGUGUCCAAGACCAUUAUAUGAAGAAAGCGAUAAUCCCCAUCUGCACAAGAAGAAUCCCAAUCGUGCUUAUCUUGUAGCGCUUAGUUUAGACACACGUACCGUUUUCUUCUUUUUGUGUCAUCAUAAGAUGUUAACAGUUCCAAUCUCAGCAGUGGCGGUAUUUCAAUGCGCACCGAAGAGUUUGCGAUUCCGCGAGGACUUUUAUCCCAUUCGUGCCUUUUAUUGGGCAGAGGAGUUGCGUGGAGUAGACGUGUAUAGACAGUCCACUGCAGAGGAGAAGAAAAAUAAAGAAAAGAAGAAGGAAGAAGAAGAAGGAAAUAACCGAAUCUCAUCCAAUUCUACAAGAUAUAUAUCCAAUACCACAAGUUCACGUCGUAUUUUUCUUUCUAUUACGUCUAUUAGUAUUGAUAUUGUGGGUAUAGAUGAGAUGAGACUUUCCAAUGUAUUUAGUCGUAAUGUUAUUGAGGGCGGUGGGGAUCCAUGUGUACUUCUUCGUCGCUAUCCAACUCACACGGAUUAUUGGCACUACAGCCCAGCCGCUCGUACACUGUUGUCUAUUAAUAAACUGAAACCAAAUAUAGUGAAGACAUUUCAAAUCACAGAUGAAGGCCUUCAUACAUUAUCCACACUGCAGUUAGAGGAGGAAAGCUAUAUCCAAACAACAGCGUCUGAAGAGGUGGAAAACAACACCGAUGACAAGAAUAGUAAACGCAAUAAUAAUAAUAAUAAUAAUAAUAAUAAUAAUAAUAAUAAUAAUAAUAGUGAUAGUAGUAACCAAAGAUUUCCGAUAUUUUAUUCAGCAGCGUGUAUGGACACUCCUACCGUGCGAUAUCCUGUUGGUUUUCUGGUACUAUACCGCAAUCUCUUUCUCUGCUAUUUAUCCCGCCACGAUGGAAGUCUUGUGCUGUUCCGCUACGUGGGUGGUGAAGGUGGGAGUAGUAGUUCUGGUUGUUGUGGUGGCCAUGGCAAUAAUAAUAAUAAUAAUAAUAAUAAUAAUAAUAAUACUAAUACUAAUUGUAGAAAUGGAAAAUUUGUAAAGUAUGCUAUUCUACGCGCUGAUUUUCCGUUAUCUGUACAAGAGGAACCCAUUGCCUUGCAGGUAAUAGAUAACCUUAUAGUUCUACAUGCCAUCCAACGAGGAGUUUCCAGUGUGUUUGAUAUUCUAUUUACGGAAGAGGCUGAAAGUGCUCUUGCUGGCUAUUCAGCAACACGAAUGCUAACAACCACUGCAACCUCAAAAGGAACAAUAAACACACGAGAGACAACAACAACAACAACAACAAGAUCAUCAUCAUCCAUGUCUUUGAAUGAAAUGCGGUCUGGUGUAGAUGGUUUCUUUAACUCCAAUAGAAAGAAGAGUUCUCCGGUAAAUACUAGUAUACACCAGGAAGAGUUACCGCGAGUCUCAUGGAUUACACGUUUGACCAAUAGUUUAUUAAGUGGUACGAAUAGUAUGAAUACUAUGAUGAAUACACAUACGAAUAGAAAUAACAGAAGUGUAAAUAGUAAUCUAAGCAGAAAUAUAGCUCGAUUCAGUGGUACUAAUAAUGCUAGUGAGGAAAAUGUUGUUCGUGUCUUGGAGCCAUUACUAACGGCUUCUCUCACCCUAUACUCACCACUUCAGAGUUCUGUUUGUAUACCCAUUGAGAAGGAUUCACUUUACACACAUGCCUUUGUAUAUGGGACCCUACCAGUGUUAAUAGAUCAACUGCAAGGAAUUGUUCACCUCGUGGGUGUUAAUCCCUUUGCAAUUGCAGCCACUAUGCCGCAUAAUAAUCAACGUCUCUGGUUUUAUUUGCAGCGUCUCUACUGUGCGGGAAGGGCUGUACAGUCAAUGGUAUAUGCUAUGCUUGUAAGAGAGGAAAACAUGGAUGUUAUUUCUCACGCAUUUGCCAUGAUUAUAUCUCAUCAUACCAUGCAAAUAACGCAGUCUCAACAGAAUAUAAGUGAAAAGGGAAAUAUACCCAGUUGGAUGCGUGAAUCACUUUGUCUUGGUGUUCCUCUUGUUAGUGAGAUAUCGUACCAGAGAGAGAAUGCAUGGAAUCUCUUGGGUUCUACAACUACAUUACGACAAUGGUUGAUAGUAAGGAAUGAAAAAAGAAACUCACUUCAUACGGAAAGUUAUUAUUUAACUCUACAAGAUGUACUCGCCGCAUGUAUGACAUCUACUAAUGAGAUGCAUACUCAUAUGAGUAUGAGUAUUGAUCAAUCCAUAAUACAACGUGAUGUGUUUGAUCCAUUAGUGGAUACAGUAUGUAUACCAUUUCAUAACUGGACGUCUACUGGUAGAGGAGAGAGAAAUGAUCAUGUAGAGUAUGCGGUUUCUGUAGGAAGUUUGAACUUUACACGUUAUCUCUUUUAUGCUCUGAUGGAGUAUGCACGUUGUGUUAUGCAGACGGGUUCCACACUAUUAGAUAGUCUACAACGACUAUUACUACGACUCCUACAAUAUACACAAUGGAAGUGGGGUCCAUUACAACAAGGAUUAUUCCAUUCAGGUAUCAUCAUUGAUCAAGUACCCACCGCUAUGAUAUUACUGCAAAUGGGUGGUGUCUACAGAGAAAUGGGAUUCGGUAUGUUGUUAAGAAUGCACGAGGUGGCGUUGGUGGUGCAGUUGUUGUUAGUAGAGCGACAACCACUAAGCGCUUUAAAGUAUAUAUGCAGUAGAGAACAACAACAACAACGACAACAAAAAGAGCAAAAACGAGAAGAAGAUGAACAACGGGUUGGUGAGAAACUCCUUACGGUACGUUUGAUGGGUGAUAUACUCUGCUGUGCGAUGGAGACGGUGUUGGAUGAAGAAAAAGACUCUCAACAUGACAGUAAUAGGCAAAGAAGAUUGGAGUUUAUUACAGUAUAUGAGAUAUUUAUGGGUUGGUUGUUGCGCCAGCCGCUAUCAGAAGAGUUACUGCCGCCGGAGUUUCUUAACAUAACUGCAAAGUAUAGACAAGUUCUAUCGGAGGGUCAAAAGAACUAG